ACAUGCUCGAGACUUCUGGAAACCGACUCCCCUUCCGCAACCCGCCUCAUCAACUCUUCGCUCCUAACCGGCGGUAUUUUUCCUAUUUCGCUGGCUCUGUUGUGUCAACAUGAGUGCCAUUAAAGCGCUAAACCCAAAGGCGGAGGUAGCAAGGGCCCAGGCAGCCCUAGCCGUCAAUAUCAGCGCGGCACGGGGACUCCAGGAUGUACUGAAGAGUAAUUUGGGACCAAAGGGAACCAUGAAAAUGCUCGUGUCUGGCGCUGGAGACAUCAAGUUGACCAAAGACGGCAAUGUCUUGUUGCAUGAGAUGCAAAUCCAGCAUCCAACGGCGUCUUUGAUUGCCAAGGUUGCCACUGCACAGGAUGACAUCACCGGAGACGGAACUACCUCCAACGUCCUCAUCAUCGGGGAGCUUCUCAAACAGGCUGACCUCUACGUGUCAGAGGGACUCCAUCCCAGAAUAAUCGCAGAAGGCUUCGAGGCAGCGAAGGACAAGGCUCUGGCAGUGCUGGAAGAGUUGAAGGUUACUAAGGAGAUGGACAGAGAGACCCUGAUCCACGUGGCCCGCACCUCCCUCCGAACCAAGGUCCACGCUGAGCUGGCCGACCUGCUCACAGAGGCGGUUGUAGAUGCCGUUCUUGCCAUCCGUAAACCCAACGAGCCUAUCGACCUGUUCAUGGUGGAGAUCAUGGAGAUGAAACACAAGACUGACAGCGACACACAACUGAUCCAGGGCUUGGUGCUGGACCAUGGAGCGAGACACCCGGACAUGAAGAAACGUGUGGAGAACGCCUAUGUGCUGACCUGCAACGUGUCCCUGGAGUAUGAGAAGACGGAGGUCAACUCAGGUUUCUUUUACAAGAGCGCCGGUGAGCGGGAGAAACUGGUGGCCGCUGAGAGGAAGUUCAUCGAGGAGCGCGUGCAGAAGAUCAUUGCCCUGAAAAACGCUGUGUGCGCGGAUGGAUCCAAGGGCUUUGUGGUCAUUAACCAGAAGGGCGUUGACCCGUAUUCCCUGGAUGCUCUGGCCAAGGAGGGCAUUGUGGCUCUGCGAAGAGCCAAGAGGAGGAACAUGGAGAGACUCACUCUGGCCUGUGGAGGCAUCGCAAUGAAUUCUGUAGACGACUUGACUCCUGAAUGCCUGGGCCAUGCUGGGCUGGUAUACGAGCACACCCUGGGAGAGGAGAAGUUCACAUUCAUAGAGAAAUGUGGGAACCCCCGAUCCGUGACCCUGCUGGUGAAGGGUCCCAACAAACACACACUGACUCAGAUCAAGGACGCGGUCAGGGACGGGCUCCGGGCUGUUAAGAACGCCAUUGAGGACGGUAGCGUGGUACCGGGAGCGGGCGCUUUUGAGGUGGCUGUGCAUGAUGCUCUGAUAAACCACAAGCCCAAGGUGAAGGGCAGAGCUCAGCUGGGCGUCCAGGCCUUCGCUGACGCUCUCCUCAUCAUCCCUAAGGUUCUGGCCCAGAACUCAGGCUAUGAUGCCCAGGAGACCCUGGUUAAACUACAGACGGAGUAUAAAGAGUCUGGUCAGCUUGUAGGAGUAGAUCUCGGCACAGGUGAGCCCAUGGUAGCAUCAGAGGCCGGUGUUUGGGACAACUACAGCGUUAAGAAACAGCUUCUCCAUUCAUGCACGGUAAUUGCCAGUAACAUCCUGCUUGUCGAUGAGAUCAUGAGAGCUGGAAUGUCGUCUCUAAAAGGUUAAAGGUUAAGCAGCGCUACUCUCCGCCCCCCCUCCCUAUCAGGGGUCCUUACCAUGGGGAUAGCUAGGUACAUGUAAGGAAAUUCACUGCAUUGCGUCCCUUAUGUGUAACGGCAACUUUGUCAGACCAACACAAUGACAAAUAACCUACUUUUUACCCCAUGGCGUCCAUGUUGGUGUGCAGCAUUAGUUCCCUCAUGGAUCUGUUGUCUCUUCCAUCCAAAAUGGCUGAUUGGUUUAUUUAUGUGAUUAUGUUAAAAGCACUGAACUGUACCACUCGGUUUUGUUUUUCCCCAUUAAACAUUUUCUUGGCUCUUGAAAUAAGGCUGUGUGAGUGUGUGGGUGGUUAUACUUUGAGGCAGACAAGAGGGCGAAGAGCUUGGUCUUGUCACCUAACAAAUGUAUAGCAAUGUGAUGGGUGAAGCACUUUACCCAGUACCAGAAUAUUUUUUCCAAAAACUUGGAUGCCUCCUCCAGGAGGCUAAAUUAUUGCAGUCUUCAAUUGAAUCUUUCAAGACCCCCAAUAUAAUUGUAUGAAUUAUACUGAUUUGUUAAUGUUGGCGUCAUAACAAUCUGUGGCAAUCUUUCAGUCUCUUUCCAUCUCAAUUUUGCCUCAGGAACCCAGUAGGUCCACCACAAUGGAUUUCCUGCCUUUGUUUGAUUUUGUGAUGACUUACUCCUGGUAACGAUAUACCCAUCUGCAUGAAACUUGUUUUGCCACAUCUGAACAAAGAUCACACAAAACAAUAUUUUUUUUAAACAAAGCAAUGGCUAGUUAUCAAUGGAAGUUCACAUAGUGCUAGUCAGGCAAAUACUAGCUGUUGGAUGCAAACCUUUUAUCUGUAAAAUCUGUGGAAAAGUCUUCCAAAAUGAUUUACGUAGUGGAAAGUUCACCAUUUGACUACUUUUUCCCGGUAUUAAAAUAAUUUGGUUUACCAAAAAACAUUAAUAGCCAAACUGUUCUCUUAAUGAUUGGAAUGGUCUGACUGAGUGAAUAUAUUGCUAUUUCACUAAUUGACAUGCAUGAAAUAUUUUGGAAUUUAUAAAGAAUAACCUUGAUCACAAGUUGCUGUGUUUGAACCUUAACCACAGGCAGACGAGUGCCCAAACUUUCUGACAAUACUGUAUUUCACUAUCAAUUACAUAAUGUUAUGAGUAUUUAUCAAGCUCAUCGCUUGCUCAUUUCAAAAUUUUUCCUGGAAAGGCUACAGUUCUGGUGGUGCAUGCAUAGCCUAGUAUUCCUGUCUUGUGCCUGACUGCUUGCUGUGGUUGUUUUCUCUUUGCCACACAGAAUAAACUACAGGUCCUUUGGUGCACUUGGAGCUUAAUGUU